UAUGAUCAUAUGAUAUGCAAUAUUAAAUGCUGGCUUGGGCUCUGGUCCUGAGUGCUUUUAAUCCCCGCCUCAGUCUUACUGAGCCUUUUCUUAUGAACAGUUAUGAAUGUGCACGGGUUCGUCAGUCAGCUCCUCGGUCAUCGGACAAAAAGCCCUUCUAUUGGCGGCCACCAUCAGCCGUCCUAAUCCGGCACACACAAGUUAUAUAAAAUGUCCAUCCAAUCCCACGCCACUCAGAGAAACAACUAAUACGCGGAGCUCGGCGGCCUGCUCGGCUGGCUCAUUAACUUGUCGAGCAUCAUGAUUUUUAUAGUGGACCUGCUGCUGAUGCUCAUAGACCUGACCUGCUCCAUCCUGAACGCCGUCAUCCAGACUUUCCUCCGGCCGAGGCUCAAGUGCGUGGACGGGGAGCUCUGCCUGAUAACAGGGGCCGGGGGGGCGCUGGGUCGGCUUUUCGCCCAGGAGUUCGCCAAGGAGGGGACGCGCCUGGUGCUGUGGGACUGCAACGCGGCUGCCAACGAGCAGACCGCCAAGCUGGCGCGGGAUCUGGGGGUGCAGGUGCACACGUACACGGUGGACCUGUCCAAGCGUCAGAGCAUCUAUGAGACGGCGGACAGGGUGAGAGCGGAGGUCGGGGAAGUGUCUAUACUGGUGAACAACGCGGGUGUGGUGGCCGGCCGGAGGCUGCUGGACUGUCCCGACGAGCUGCUGGAGAGGACGCUGCUGGUGAACUGCCACGCGCUGUUUUGGAUGACAAAGGCUUUCCUGCCUCAGAUGAAAUCAAAGAACCAUGGUCACAUUGUAACUAUCGCCAGUGCUCUUGGGCUCUUCAGCACUGCAUGUGUAGAGGAUUACUGUGCCAGUAAGUUUGGAGCUGUUGGUUUCCACGAGUCACUGACACAUGAGUUGCUGGCAGAGGAUCUGGAUGGCAUCAAAACCACUUUAGUCUGUCCUUAUAUUGUCGACACAGGGAUGUUUGCAGGCUGUGAAAUCAGGAAGGAGCUUCGGAGUCUGAUUCCACCUCUGGAGCCACUCUACACUGUACAGCAGUCCAUGAAAGCCAUUUUAGCCGAACAACAAAUGAUCUGCAUUCCCCGCCUCAUGUACAUCCCCUUCCUCGCACGAGCAUUGCUGCCUUGGGACGCAAAUGUGGCGACAUAUCGCUUCAUGGGAGGUGACAAAUGCAUGCUACCCUUCAUCAAGAAUGUUGAACUGAAGACCUCCAACGGCCACAUCAAGUCCUCCUAAGACCUUUCAGUCUGUCUUAAAACCUUGUGAAAUUAUGGACCGAUGCGGACACCAAAGGCUCAUACUGUAUACUGUUAAUACAAGAAUUUGUCACUUGAAGGGAGAGUCCGAUGUCUGUACAUGCUUGUUUUUACAACCUGUUGGGUCAUUUCUGGUUAAAAAUAACUUUAACUGAAUCUGAGGAUCAGCCAG